UCAAGCCCACAAUCCGUUUGCAUCCUCCAAACACCAGAGCUCCCGGCGUUUAUUCAUCCCCUAAAAACUAGGGUUUUAGCAGUGCAGUCGUCAAAUGUACCGAAAGCGAUCAUCGAUUCUCACCAUCAAAUCCCUCUCUCAGGUAACUAUCUCUCCCGAUUCUUCACAAAAUUCUCUCUUCAAUUCAGUAAAACCCUCACCUUUGAUCCACCUCUGGCGGCGGCGGAGCUUCAGCGUCGCCACCCAAAGGUCCGAUUUGUCACCGGAAUCGGAUCCCAACGGCUCUUAUCAGCAGAAUCCGUUAAACCCACAGCAGAAUCCAAAUGGGUUUUAUAGGGAAAAUUGGGGUCAAAGAUCCGAUCUUGGAGAGUCUCAGCGGUGGAAUUCUAAUGGGUUUUAUGAGGAACACACAAAUGUUUCUUGCAAUCAGAUGGAUAAUGGGCGGAGUAUGGGAAUAAAUGGAUUUUAUAGGGAAAGGAUUGAAGAUGUAGGGCAAACCAAUGUGAGUCUCAACAAGAAUCAUAUAAGGAACUCUGCUGAAGGUUUUCAGCAGAGUGACAAUGUGUUGGAUGAUGGAUAUCCUUACGAGAAUCAAACUGGGUUCUUUCGAGAAAACCCAAGAAAGGUCCAUGAAGACCCUGUCGAUGAUGAUUAUUGUGUUAAUCCGAGAGGGUUUUAUCAAAAUAGGCUGCAGAGUUUAAGGCAUUCUCCUCCGAUUAGCAGUGUAAUAUCCAAUUAUGAUUUACAUGAAGGACACAAUAGCGAAGUCCAUCGAGAUACCGGUGAAAUGGUUACCAAUCCAUUGAUGACUCAUGCAAGUGCACUGUACAAGCUGGGGGAGCUCUGCGAGCAGGGGAAGGUGAAGGAAGCUGUCGGCUUUCUUUCUGUAUUUGAGAAAACUGGCAUGGCUGUUGAUGGAUUAAGAUAUAUAAAGUUAAUGGAGUCAUGUGGAGAUGCAAAAUCUUUAGAAAGUGCAAGGCGAGUCCAUGAUCAUCUCUCAAGGACACUAGGUAAAGUAGACAUUGAGAUUCAUAAUAAGAUAUUAGAUAUGUACUUUAAGUGUGGGUCAACUAAUGAUGCUCGCCAAUCAUUUGAGAAAAUGCCUCUGAAGCAUUUGACAUCCUGGGAAAUUAUGAUAAGGGGUUUCACCAGUAAUGGCCUUGCUGAGGAAGCAAUCGAUCUGUUUACUCAGAUGAAAAAGAUGGGGUUGGAGCCAAAUGGAGAUUUAUUUAAUGCUAUUUUGUAUACUUGUGGUGUUCUUGGAGCAAUUGAUCAGGGUAUGUUAUACUUCGAAUCAAUGAAGGUGGAUUUUGGCGUUACCCCUAAAAUGGAAGAUUAUGUUGGCAUAAUAGAAAUGCUUGGAAGAAGUGGCUAUUUGGAUGAAGCUUUGGAGUUUAUAGAGAUGAUGCCUAUUGAGCCCAAUGUCGAUGUUUGGGAAGCCCUGUUAAAAUUUUGUAGAGUUAAUGGGUAUACUGAGCUUGGGGAUCGAUGUGCUGAGAUUGUGGAACAACUUGAUUCCUCUAGGGUAAAUAAAUCCAACAUGGCUUUAUUGAAUAUAGAAUCAUCAGAAACAGUGAAGGGGAUUGAAAGCAAAAAGGAUUCUAAUGUUCCAGAUUUUAAGCAUCAAGUACGAGAGUUUAUGGCAGGGGAUCGAUCACAUCCAGAUAAUGAUAUCAUUUAUCAACACUUGAGGUGUUUGGCUCAACAUAUGAAAGAGGUUGGCUAUACUCCAGAUAAGACUUGUUCACUUCAUGAUGUUGAUAUAGAAAGUAGGGAGGAAGCUUUACUUUACCACAGCGAAAGGCUGGCCACUGUUCAUGGUCUCAUGACUACUCGUGCUCGAAUGCCUCUUAGGAUUAUAAAAAAUCUUCGUGUUUGUAGGGAUUGUCAUAAUGCUCUGAAGAUAAUAUCGAAGAUAGUUGGACGUUUGAUAAUUGCACGGGAUAUCAAGAGGUUUCACCAUUUUGAGAAUGGAGUUUGCUCUUGUAAUGAUUAUUGGUAGGAGGAAGCAAGCAAAAGUUUUGUGGACAUUAUGGUAGUAUUAAACGUGUCGCAGGCAUCUUCUGAUGUACAUAUCCUCUGAAAGCUAGCAAGUAUAUUUCCUUGUU